AGCUCCUUGGGUGGCUGCUUUGCUCACGCAGGGAACUAAGCUGAAAAGCAGGCGUUCUUUUCAGCUCAGCUAAGCUACACCUUUCGGAGCCCUCGGGGAAUGUCUUGGGCUGAGCGCCUCGGGCCUGGUCCAGUUCUUUCCUCCCAGCAGGCUCCGGCUAUGGACAUGUGUCUGAGCUCCGAGCAGCAGCCUGGGCGCCAGGGGGGAGAACCGAGCUCGCCGGGUGCCUGGUUAGAGGCCGAGAAGAAGGGUGUUCUGCAGAAAGACAGCACCGGGGGACCUGUAGAAGAUUCCAACAAGAUAGAACAAUCUCUUCAUAGCCUCCAGAAAUUUGUGCCUACAGAUUAUGCCAGCUACACUCAGGAGCAUUAUCGGUUUGCAGGAAAGGAGAUUGUCAUCCAGGAAUCCAUAGAGAGUUACGGAGCAGUGGUGUGGCCAGGGGCUACAGCUUUGUGUCAAUAUUUGGAGGAACAUGCUGAGGAACUGAAUUUCCAAGAUGCAAAAAUACUUGAAAUUGGUGCUGGACCAGGCCUUGUUUCCACUGUGGCCAGUAUUUUAGGAGCUCAAGUCACAGCAACGGAUUUGCCUGAUGUCCUGGGAAACCUUCAAUACAAUCUUCUAAAAAACACACUACAAUGUACAGCACAUCUGCCUGAAGUGAAAGAGCUGGUAUGGGGUGAAGACCUAGAAAAAAACUUUCCCAAGUCAGCUUUUUACUAUGAUUACGUCCUAGCCUCGGAUGUGGUCUACCAUCACUACUUCCUGGACAAGCUGCUCACCACCAUGGUGUACCUUUCCCAGCCAGGGACGGUGCUGCUUUGGGCAAACAAGUUCAGAUUCAGCACCGACUAUGAAUUUUUAGAUAAAUUCAAGCAAGUUUUUGACACAACACUGUUGGCUGAAUAUCCAGAGUCAUCAGUCAAACUUUUUAAGGGGAUACUAAAAUGGGACUAAAUCCAAUCUUUUGAGUAAUGUGUUAGAAAUUGCUUUGCUAAUAAAGACUUCUUUUAUAGGAUUGAGAAGGUAGUACAGAGAAACAACUUGUAUACUUAGAACAAAUGUAACAAUACUGCAGAAACUUUCUCAAGUAACUUACUUAAGAGGAUCUGGUUAAUCUAAAUAUCUAGAAAGAAUACCAUAAAAAUAUGAAAGUAGCUUUGUUGGUUCCAAAGUCUUGGUUACAUCGUUAAUAAAUCUUACAUGGAUAAA